ACUCCUGGAAUGGGGGGUGGAACCGGGAUAGACUCCUGGAAUGGGGGGGCGGCACCGGGAAGGGCUCCUGGAAUGGGGGGGCGGACCCGGGCGGGCUCCCGGCGCGGACAGCCCCGGGCACACGGGGAGAAUCUCCGGAUGGAGGAUGCGGAGCAGUCCCGGGGGCGCGGCCGGCGGUGUCCCGGUGGGUCUGUGACCCCCGGUCGGUGUCGCAGCGUGUCGCAGGUGCCGGUGGCCGAGGGCAAGAGCGUGCAGCAGACGGUGGAGCUGCUGGCGCGGCGGCUGGAGGCGCUGGGCGCGGACAAGCAGGGGACGUUCGGCGUGGACUGCGAGACCUAUCACACCGCGGCCACCCUCGGCACACAGGGGCAGACAGGGAAGCUGAUGUACGUCAUGCACAACUCCGAGUACCCCCUGAGCUGCUUCGCCCUCUUCGAGAACGGGCCCUGCCUCGUGGCCGACGCCAACUUUGACACCCUCAUGGUGAAGCUCAAGGGCUUCUUCCAGAACGCCAAGGCCAACAAGAUCGAGAGCCGCGGCACCCGCUACCAGUACUGCGACUUCCUGGUGAAGCUGGGCACGGUCACCAUGGGCCCCAGCGCCAGGGGCAUCUCCGUGGAGGUGGAAUACUGCCCCUGUGUGAUCGCCAACGACUGCUGGAACCUGCUGAUGGAGUUCAUGCAGAGCUUCAUGGGCAGCCACACGCCCGGGAUCCCGUCGGUGUUCGGCUCCAAGCACGACAGCACCUACAGCCCCGGGGACACCAUGGUGCAGUACAUGGAGCUCUUCAACAAGAUCCGCAAGCAGCAGCAGGUGCCCGUGGCUGGCAUCAGGUGAAGAGGAUCCCUGGAGCUCCUGACUGCAUCCUGGCUGGAGCAGGAGUCCCUCCGGAUCCCCUGGAGCUCCUGAGUGCAUCCUGGCUGGAGCAGGAAUUCUUCCAGAUCCCCUGGAGCUCCUGAGUGCAUCCUGGCUGGAGCAGGAGUCCCUCUGGAUCCCCUGGAGCUCCUGAGUGCAUCCUGGCUGGAGCAGGAGUCCCUCUGGAUCCCCUGGAGCUCCUGAGUGCAUCCUGAUCCUGGCUGGAGCAGGAGUCCCUCUGGAUCCCCUGGAGCUCCUGAGUGCAUCCUGAUCCUGGCUGGAGCAGGAAUUCUUCCAGAUCCCCUGGAGCUCCUGAGUGCAUCCUGGCUGGAGCAGGAGUCCCUCUGGAUCCCCUGGAGCUCCUGAGUGCAUCCUGAUCCUGGCUGGAGCAGGAGUCCCUCUGGAUCCCCUGGAGCUCCUGAGUGCAUCCUGAUCCUGGCUGGAGCAGGAAUUCUUCCAGAUCCCCUGGAGCUCCUGAGUGCAUCCUGGCUGGAGCAGGAGUCCCUCUGGAUCCCCUGGAGCUCCUGACUGCAUCCUGGCUGGAGCAGGAGUCCCUCCAAAAUGUGGCACAGGAGGCAGCCCCAGGAGUUUUUCCUUCUGGAUUUUUCCCGUUUCAAAGCUUUGCCGUGUUUAAUUCUGGGUGUCCUCCACGGUUUGGGAUUGUUGGAUCCAUUGGUUGUGUGGUUUUUUUUGGACAGUGUUUCGUGCAGGGAAUCGCUGUUUAUCCACAGGGAAAAGAAAAAUUCCAGCCAAAAGCAAGAGCAGAGCUUCUGAGACUACAGAAAUCUCUUAAAUUUAUAUUUUUUUAUAUCCACAGCGGUGUUUUGUUGUAUUUCAUCCCCAAUAAAAGGCUGGGUUUUGGGA